GUGGCUGUGACCAUGCUCAAAAGGGAGAUGAAGCCGGAGAGUGACAGGCCACGGAAAGUCCGGUUUCGGAUCGCAUCGUCCCACAGCGGGCGAGUUCUGAAGGAGGUGUAUGAAGAUGGGCAACCGUCAGGCUCCCUGGACUCCGAAUGCGCCAGUCUCUGCGGCAUCGAUGGGCUAAGUGAGUCUGAUGGACAGCAAAACGGCCACAUAGGAUCAGAAAGCGACGAGCAGGAGAACGACCAGGAUAACUUGCUGGUGUUAGCGAGGGCCGCCAGCGAGAAGAGUUUUGGUACCAGAAGGGUCAACAUUUUAAGCAAAAAUGGCACAGUCAGAGGCGUCAAAUACAAAGUGAGUGCCGGCCAAGCUCUGUUUAACAAUUUGACCAAAGUAUUGCAGCAACCAUCAACAGAGCUAGAAUUUGACCGUGUGGUGAUUUAUACCACUUGCCUUCGGGUGGUUCGGACAACCUUUGAGAGAUGUGAACUGGUUAGAAAGAUCUUCCAAAACCAUCGAGUAAAAUUUGAAGAGAAAAACAUCGCUCUGAAUGGUGACUAUGGAAAAGAGUUAGAUGAACGCUGCCGACGGGUUUCCGAAGCUCCCUCCCUCCCUGUCGUGUUCAUCGAUGGCCAUUAUCUUGGGGGUGCUGAGAAAAUUUUGUCAAUGAAUGAAUCAGGAGAACUGCAAGACCUCUUAACCAAAAUUGAGAGAGUGCAGCAUCCACAUGAGUGUCCUUCCUGUGGAGGCUUUGGCUUUCAUCCGUGCUCCGUGUGCCAUGGGAGCAAGAUGUCAGUGUUUCGAAACUGCUUCACAGACUCUUUCAAAGCCCUGAAGUGCACGGCGUGCAACGAGAACGGUCUUCAGCGCUGCAAGAGCUGUGCUGCUUAGGCAGCGCUUCCGCCAGGGAGAGCUGCGUUUUAUCAACCGAGGCAAUCAUUUGCUUUCUACUUUUUUUUUUAAUGGUCACGUUUAUGGAUUAAUCAAUAAACUUUGUUUAUUAUAA